AUGUAUUCAGCGUAUGCAUUAAACAGAGUUGCAUUUGUUGUUUCUCGUGAUAUAGCUGUCCUGUUGAGACUGUACCUCCGAAGGAAUCAUAAACAUUCAUCUAUAAGAAGAUGCAAGUACUGCAUGUUGAUGGACAAUAAUUUACUCGGAAUAUUAAGAUGUUAA